GUGGCUGCUGAAGAGGAGGGUGCCCCCUCUGCUGUGCGUGGCCUUGCAACCACAAUAGAACAUGUGAGCGAUUUGGUCGCCACCUGUGCAGCACAGCAAGAGGACAUCCUCUGCAUGGACAUCCUGGUCCGGAAGCAGAUUCGAACUAUCGAUGGACUGCUGGACCGGGUACGGUGGCUGGAACAGCAGCUUGCAACAGCCMCCCCCGCCGGACCCUCCAACUUAACGGACCACGUCAACGUCUUGGAAAUCGAUGAAGAGACUCUCAAGGAUGGCGCUCUAACGACAAAUCAGCGUAUUGACCAGCAGAUUUGUGCCGCCGCAGCCAGUCCGGCCGCAACUAAUCGCGAGAGCAUCCCGAAGUUUGACGGCCUCCCGAUCUUCUGUGAUGCAACGAAGACGAACCCGAUCCCAUGGUGGCGGCAGUUCAAGCUGAAGUUGGACAUUCACCACGUCAUCAACCCGAACCGGCAUGCAUACUUAUACUCCCGCUCAGGAGGCGUGUGUCAGGCAUGGCUGGACAACAUGGUGUCCACGCACAACGUCGCAGUCUCCGAGCUGCAUACGAAGAUCAGCUGGGCUGAUCUCAAGGCAGCAUGGCAUAAGCGGUUCCAAGUGGAGCCGCCCAAGCUUCAGGCAGCUGAGAAACUUCAACGGUUUUAUCCGAACGACCUGCCAAGCACGAACUGGAUCACCGAGUACCAACGCUUGGCAUCCAUGCCCAACUUGCCGUUGACAUUUGUCGCUAUCAAGCACUUCUUCAUCAGGAGGAGUUGCCCGGCGUUGCAGAACGCCUUGACGCAAGUUGCGGAGACGCUCACCACAAGUGAGCAGCUUUUUUAUAAAGUCUCGCAGAUCAUCGUGACGAACAUAGAAGCCAAGAAUUUGGGUCAUUCGUCUGCUGCAGGCCAGGGCAGAGGACAGCAUCGGCCAAAAGUGGUCGUGGUCGCAGCAACUACAGCGACCAACCCUUCAAACGAGGCUGCCUCUUCUGAGGAAGGAGACAGAUUGGCAGCCGCCCGAGAUGGUGGCUGCCCCACCAGAGGGCGAGGACGCGGCAAACCGAAGACACACACCAAUUCAGCCCCCGGGGCCAGACCAGUGGCUCAAGAGCCUUGGACACAUUACGGAGUGGCCGGAGCCGAAGACCGUCACAAAUGUCCGUUCCUUGGCUUAGCCGGCUAUUAUCAAUGCUUCACCAAGGGAUACUCGAAGAUCGCGGCUCCUUUAUCCAAGCUUCAGUGCGAGGACCGGCCAUUCGACUUCGACGACUAUGCGCAGACUUCAUUUUUGGCUCUCAAAGCCGCAUUGCUAUCCGCGGAGGUGUUGCGCAUCUACGAUCCGCUUUUGCCGACACGUGUCACCACCGAUGCGUCCGGCUAUGGCAUUGGUGCCGUCCUCGAGCAACAUGACGGUGUGGACUGGCACCCGAUCAAGUACUUCAGCAAGAAAGUGCCCACCGUUCACUCGAUUGACGAUGCACGGAAGAAGGAAUUAUUGGCCUUCGUACACGCGCUCAAGCGCUGGCGGCAUUUUCUUCUCGGACGACGGCAGUUCCGAUGGGUAACGGAUAACAAUCCAUUGGUCUUCUACAAGACCCAAGACACGGUCAAUAGCACCAUUGCACGUUGGAUGACCUUCAUCGACCAGUUUGACUUUUUCCCCGACCACAUUCCGGGCAAGUCAAACUGUUUUGCGGAUGCUCUUUCACGGCGUCCGGACCAUUGUACCGCAGUCUACUCGACUUUUGAGAUUAACGACGACUUGCGGGACAGCUUCAUCCGCGACUACCAAGUCGACCCCAAAUUUUGCGACAAGUACGCAAAUUGCUCCUCUCCUAAUCCGGCGCCAUCGCACUAUUAGAUCCAACAGGGUACUUGCUCGUCCACUCGCGAGGGAAGGAUCUUCUUUGUGUGCCACGAGAUUUACACUUACGCACACGGCUUCUUGGCGAG